AAAAGAACGGUGAACAGGCCAGAUGUACACUUCAGCUGUGAACACACUGCAGCGAAUGUCAUUACAUUUCUGAACACUUGUGCCAGUUCAAUAUCUUAAAAAACAAGAACAAGCGGCCUGCCUCUUUAUGAUAAUUAGAUUAACGGCCAUUUCCGAGAAAACUCCCUUGACAAAGAAACUGAUUUUUUCCCUUUUUCGAUAAGUGUGGGCUUGUGGCUUUGCUCUGAGAGUAUGGACUUUUGUGAAAGUAUUUUGUGAUGAAUUAUAUUUCGUUUUUUUUCAGAUAGACAGAAAAUGGGAAGGAGACUGUCUGCGUGGGCCUGCGUGCGCACCGUCUCAACCUUCUUCCUUGGCUUCGGCUUGGGCCUCGUCAUUCACAUUUUCGCCAGCCUGUCUGUCGAACUAGCAAGAGAAAACGCCAUAAAUAAUGACAUCACCACGAACAACACCGAAACGAAGGUGGGCGGCUCGUGGGCGUGGGGGCUUUCCUGGGGGCCGCGGGCGGCUCUGACCACACAGGGAGUGGGAGAUGCAAGCAGUGUCAGCAGUCAAGACGCAAGACUAGAGGUCCCACCAGCCGGUCCACGUGUCCUGUGUUAUGUACUGACUGGUCCCACGACACACAAAUCAUCACUGAAUGUACGGAAUACUUGGGGCCGACGCUGCGAUGCCAUGGUUUUCUUUAGCACGAAGGAGGACGCUGAGCUGCAGCCGGAGGUCCUGAAGGUACAGGAGGGCUACGGGUUCCUGUGGGCGAAGGCGAAGGCGGCCCUGGACCACCUGCACCGCCACUACCCCGACUAUGACUGGUACCUCAAGGCCGACGACGAUACCUUCGUCAUCGUCGAGAAUCUGAGGUUUUUCCUGAAGGACCUCGAGCCGCGGGAGCCGGCCUACUAUGGCGUCAAGUUCCGACAGCAUGUCAAGCAGGGCUACAUGUCGGGCGGCGGCGGCUACGUCCUGAGCAGGGAGGCCGUCAGGCGGUUCGCGACGGAGGCGCUGACGAUGAAGGACCAGACCAAGUGCGCCAACGAAGCCGUGAGGGGCGCCGAGGACCUCCUGCUCGGCCAGUGCCUCGAGUCCGUGGGCGUGCGGGCGGGAGACAGCCUGGACGCGGCCGGCAAACCUCGCUUCUUCUCGCACAACCCUCUGUCGUUGUUCUACAAGGCGCCGCUCGUCAACAGGCUGCACUGGUACUGGAGGUACAUCUGGCACAAGCACGACGUGGGCCCGGACUGCUGCAGUCCGCACCUGAUCAGCUUCCACGACGUCGACGCGCGCAUGAUGUGGACGCUGGAGGCGCUGCUCUACCGCCUGCGGAUCCACCGCGAGCUGCAGCCGCAGGAGGGCGGCGGCGCGGGCGAGGCUCCGGGGGCGGCGUGAUGCAAAGGAGUCUACUCUUUCUUCUUCUUCUUCUGCGUCUCCUUGUUAUUACUUUUAUUAUCCUCGUUAUUAGUCUUGUUACUAUUGUCUUUUUUAUCAUUGCUAUUCGUUUCCUUUUUCUUCGUUUUCUUCUUUGUUUUUUUCUUUUAUUUGUUUCCUCCUACUUCUUCCUCUUUAUCUUCUUGUUUUUCUUGUUUUUCUUCUUUCGUUGAUCUUUCUUCUCCCAAUCCUUUCUUUUUAAUUCCCUGCACCAAAGGAGAGCACAUGUUCACCCAUAACAACUCUUUUUUGCUUUAUUAUGCAGGAUUAAGCAUAAAAGUUACGGACGGACUCUGAUCAGAAUUUAAAGGUGGUUUGCCCAUGGCCCUUGCGAACCAGAUUUUUGUACAGACCUAUGAAGAAAUUAACGAAACUAUUACCUGCAUAAUCUGUGACAAAAAAUGGGACUUCUAAACAAACAAACAAAAAAAAACCUGUUAAAUUUUUAUACUAUACUAUAUUUCUAUAUACUAUACUAUACUAUAUUUCUAUAUACUAUACUAUACUAUAUUUCUAUAUACUAUACUAUACUAUAUUUCUAUAUAAUAUACUAUAUUUCUAUAUACUAUACUAUACUAUAUUUCUAUAUACUAUACUAUACUAUAUUUCUAUAUACUAUACUAUACUAUAUUCUUAUACGUUUUUGAGUUAUCAGAGCGAUGGCGAAUGUUUGUGCUCUCCGAGUGGCCUUUAUUCUCCUGUGGUUUGCUGGUCAGACUCAUCCAUCUUUCUUUUGCCUGUAUUGUUAGAAAGAUAUUCUAAAACAGGUUUGUAUUAUUCAUGCAUAUUGCAUCUCCGGACCUACAUGUAUGUUCUAAUGCAUGUGUGACGUUUAAUACAUAUUUAUGUAUUUAUGUAUAAUGUUUAUAAAAUUGUUGUAUAA